AUGACUGGACGCGGCAAAGGUGGCAAGGGUCUCGGAAAGGGUGGCGCCAAGCGUCACCGCAAGAUUCUUCGUGACAACAUCCAGGGUAUCACCAAGCCCGCUAUCCGCCGUCUCGCGCGCCGUGGUGGUGUCAAGCGUAUCUCAGCCAUGAUCUACGAAGAGACCCGUGGUGUCCUCAAGACUUUCCUCGAGAGCGUUAUCCGUGACGCCGUCACCUACACCGAGCACGCCAAGCGCAAGACCGUCACCUCCCUCGACGUUGUCUACGCCCUCAAGCGCCAGGGCCGUACCCUCUACGGUUUCGGUGGUUAA